AUGGGGGGUCGCGGGCACUCGGCAGACCGCUCCCCGUCGCCAGUCCGGGAGGAACGGAGCGGGAGGGGGACCCGGGUACGCCUGGGCUCCGCCCGCGGCCGGCGCCGCCCGCUCUCCACCCACCUGUCGGCCCCGCGUCCCAGAGUGUUCCGGGGUGUUAGAGAAGUGUUCUGGAAGCCUCCUUUCCCGUACGGAGUGCACUGCACCGACUGCCAGGUGUGGCGCCGGCUUAGUUCCUUGCACCUGCUGCAGACCGGCGGUGCGGCGGAGCCGAACGCCAGAGAAAGUGUCCCAGACUUGAGGACGUACUGUGGCCUGGCCUUGGACCCCACUCAGGUGGCUGGCGUUCUGGAUGAUUGCUUGUGUGAUAUUGACAGCAUUGAUAACUUCAACACCUAUAAAAUCUUCCCCAAAAUAAAAAAAUUACAAGAGAGAGACUAUUUUCGUUAUUACAAGGUUAAUCUGAAGCGACCAUGUCCUUUCUGGGCCGAAGAUGGCCAUUGUUCAAUAAAAGACUGCCAUGUGGAACCGUGUCCAGAGAGUAAAAUUCCAGUUGGAAUUAAAGCGGGGCAUUCUAAUAAGUACUUGAAAGCGGUAAACAAUACCAAAGAGUUAGAAGAUUGUGAGCAAGCAACUAAACUGGGAGCAAUUAACAGCACAUUAAGUAACGAAAGCAAAGAAGCUUUCAUUGACUGGGCACGCUACGAUGAUUCACAGGAUCACUUUUGUGAACUUGAUGAUGAGCGGUCCCCUGCAGCCCAGUAUGUCGACUUGCUACUGAACCCCGAGCGCUACACCGGCUACAAGGGCCCCUCAGCAUGGAGAGUGUGGAACAGCAUCUACGAGGAAAACUGUUUCAAGCCUCGAUCUGUGUAUCGUCCUUUGAACCCUCUGGCACCCAGCCGAGGUGAAGAUGAUGGAGAAUCAUUCUAUACAUGGCUAGAAGGUUUGUGUCUGGAGAAGAGAGUCUUCUAUAAGCUUAUAUCAGGUCUCCAUGCCAGUAUCAACUUACAUCUAUGUGCAAAUUACCUCUUGGAAGAAACCUGGGGUAAACCUAGUUGGGGACCUAAUAUAAAAGAAUUUAAACGCCGCUUUGAUCCAGUGGAAACCAAGGGGGAAGGCCCCAGAAGACUGAAGAACCUUUACUUCUUAUACCUAAUUGAGCUCCGAGCUUUGUCAAAAGUGGCCCCCUAUUUUGAGCGUGCAAUUGUUGAUCUUUACACUGGAAACACAGAAGAAGAUGCAGACACCAAGACCCUUCUGCUGAGUGUCUUUCAAGAUACAAAGUCCUUUCCUAUGCACUUCGAUGAGAAGUCCAUGUUUGCAGGAGACAAAAAGGGGGCUAAGUCUUUAAAGGAGGAAUUCCGGUUACAUUUCAAGAAUAUCUCCCGCAUUAUGGACUGUGUAGGAUGUGACAAAUGCAGGCUGUGGGGAAAACUACAGACUCAGGGUUUAGGAACUGCUUUGAAGAUACUAUUCUCCGAAAAAGAAAUCCAAAAGCUUCCAGAGAAUAGUCCCUCGAAAGGCUUCCAACUCACUCGGCAGGAAAUAGUUGCUCUCUUAAAUGCUUUUGGAAGGCUUUCUACAAGUAUAAGAGAAUUACAGAAUUUUAAAGUCUUACUACAACACAGGUAAUACAGGCUUUUCUGUGUCUAAUUGGCGACACGAAGGACUAUGAAGCUGUUAGUCUUCUUGGACAUGCUGAAAGACUAAUCCAAGAUGUUAAGAACUCUGAACUCCUAAGAGAAAAUUCCAGUGCUCACUUGAAUAUUUAUGACCCAUAAUAGAUUACCAAUUAGAGAUAUUUAUAAAUGAAGUAUAUGGUUUUAAAGCUUGUAAGUUAUACUAAUUCUGUGUUUAUUUCCAUGUGUUUCCAUCUGUUGUGUAUUGUGCUAUUUUGAGCUGGGUUUGAUCUUACCUUUAUCUGUAGUUGUCUCUCUCCUGAUGACACUGUUGGUGUGUGUGGGAAAGGGAGCACAAGGUUGCCUGGGUGGCAGGAUUACUGCUGGUUCCCUGCUUGUCCGUCCUCUGGGAUGCUGCCCUGGCAGUGAACGGCAAUGGUUUCCUUAAGAUUCCCUAAGACUUCAACUUCAGCUCAGUUGUUUUCAUUUGCGAUUUUUAGUUGCUGUUGCUGUUUUGGGUUUGGCCCAAAGACCUUCAUUAGAGAAGGUGGAUAAGUGUCUCCCCCUGCCAGUGCCCGCUCAGCUGGGCCGCUCAUGUGUGCCUGGGUGCACACUAGUGUGCUCAGCUCUCUACCUAAAACCCAACUCUGCCAUCACCUCCCUGUCUUCCUCUCCUAUUGCAGAGAGUGUGAGGUCCUUUUAAGAGAAAAACCAUUAUUUAAGAAUUGAUUUUUAAUAAAACUGUAUGGGAUUAUAUGGAUUUAUAAUACCAAUUAAAAGCAUAUAUCCAAAAUUUGCUGUUUUUAAGUAUUUUAAAGGAUUUUAAUUUUAGGGAUUUAGUCUAUGCAAUCCUCUACCUCUCCACAUUAUUUUUCUCUGGGGUCAGGCCAGGCUGAUCGUAAACUUCCUCUCCCCCUCCUCUGGCUCUUCAGUGCAUCCUGUACCAGUGGUGCUUCAUUUGCCUCAGAGCAGCGGAGGACUGGACUCUGGGUCCUAAAUUGUCAUUUUCUAAACCCAAGAUUUAAACAAUGUUUAGGAAGGGUGUCAGUGAAUCUAAUGGGAUUAACUUGACGGGUUCCAUGUGUGUGGAGAUGAUGUAGGUGCCCAGUCUAGUGUCUUCUUAGACUUCCACCUUUUCCCAAGUAAAUAAGUGCCCUUAAACCACAUCUUAAUUGUGCAAGAGUCUGUAGUGCUUCACUGUUGGUUGCGUGGCAUAGUGGGGGCUGUGGCAGUGUCAUUGCUGGUUGCGUGGCAUAUCGGAGGCUGGAUUUGGUUGGUUUCCUGCCUUGUGCAAGGAUGGGACUGGGAGAAGGUCUCACUCGAGCUCUUCAUUUCCUUUCCUCAUAUCUGAACUUGGCACUUGCUCGUUGUUGGUGAGAGUGUUUUUGUGGCUUGAGUAGAAAAGGCUGGCUACCUGCAGCUUCCUACACUUUGUCUUCUUAGGUUGCACGUGACCCUAAGGCAAGUAGUUGAAAAAGCGAGUGUUCUCUAAUGCUGUUGGUACAUUGAAUUAUUAAUGUAGCGUUUAUCCAGAGUUUUAAAAAAUGUGAAUGUUUUGCACUUUAUUUUCACUGCAGAUUUAAAGAUCUUUUUAGUAGUGUCACUUCACCAUUCCUACAGUUCAAGAUUAUUAUUGAAACACUACUUGCUAGAAGAUAGCAAAUUGGUCAGUUCCAUUUGUUGCUUUUCUUUACUGUAAUUUGAAGUUAAGAAAAAAGGUUGAAAAUCUACUUACAGUUCUUUUGAAGAUAUGGAUUUUUUUCUCAAAGAAAAUAAAUGAAGUGUUCUUAAGCUAAAAUCCAUCUGAUUAACUUUAUUUUAUCAUAAAACUGUUUGGGAGUGGCGUAGACUUUGAGGUAUUGUUAUUUCUAACACCAGCAUAUGCUUGGUGAAGUGUGUGUCCUUGAGAUUACACUGCUGUUCACUCACUGGCUGCACGAUGCUGCUGGAGCGGGCUGUGUUGUGGGGAAGUCUUGGUUGCCGAGUGCUUUGGGAUAUGUUGUCUGUCUCAUCACCUAAUAUGAAAAAUCCCACAUGCACCUAACAAUGUAAUUGACAGAAAUAACUGUACUGUGCAGCACAGAAAUACUUUGCUCUGAUGGAUGCUUCAUUGGCUUCUCUGGUGGUAGCUAGGUCAAUUUUUGGGCUUUGAGGAAGAUAGGAUGGAGCAGUAAUAGAUUUGAGUUUUGAAAUUGGACCAGUCAGAUGCUUGGAACAUUGUGACUCAAUUUUGCAAUGAAGCACUAUGCUAUAUUUUUAACUUUGCCUAGUAUCAUUUUAUGCAAGGCAAGAUAGCCCUCUUGGUCAUUAUCAGCAUUGUCUUCAGCUGGAAGCAUGAGAACAGUUCACAGGAAACCACCCAGCAGUUUGCAAAAUGGGAGGGAGUAGCUAAAAACCACUGCUAUUCAUCCAGAGAUCCACUUUAGUGCAUGGGGAUGUGGGAAUUCCUUGUACAAAUGCCACAUGCAAACCUAUGCCAUCUAUUCUGUGAUACCUACAGGUGCAGCUUUGAUUUUGAUCGGAAUUCCAAAUAAUUUACUGUUGUACCCACCAGACUCUAGAAAAUGUAAAUUAAAGUACAUGUGUCUAUAGUCUUU